GGAGCUAGUCGGAGCGGUUGCAUGGCUACCUCGCGCGUGUUCGCGUGAUCGCAAAUCUUUUCCAUCUCUUUUGAAAAGGAUGAAAAGGUCGCGUCGAGGUAACAAUGAUUUUGCGAAUCGCGGACGGAAAUGAUCGCGGGAUCGCUGCUCGGCAUUGAUGAUCCAACGAGGGACACGUACCGAUCGCGUGUGAAAUUAAUUCCCGUGACUAAAUGACGCGGUUUUUCUCGUAAUCAAGUGUCACUUGUGCUGGUGUAAGUUAGUGACGAAGUGUAUAAAUUUUCAAUAAAGUAUGAAACGGGAAUGAUAAAAACAGUGAGUUAUUGCGCCGAUAGUGAAUCGCAAGAAAGGUGUGAAGAUCCAGUCCUUUCAAUUACGAUCCGAAAAAUUCAUCGCCAAAAUUUCGAGAUGCAAGAAAUUUUUUAGAAAAUUUGUAGGAAGACUUGCUAUACAACGACAUAUAUAAUCGUCUAAUUGUAUCAUUGCGGAUUUUAUCAUUCGCAAAUAUUCAAAAUACAAAUCGUCGGACUCCUCAAAGGAAUUAUUGUCUUCUUGAAGAGAGAGCAAUUAUUUACAAUGGCUGCUUAAAAUCGAUGAUCGUACGAAAAAAAAUUCAUCUAAAAGGGCACUUGAUACUCAUGAAAAGUUGAGACACGCAAUCAGCUUAAAAGUAAAGCGGCUUCGAUUUUAUCGGAGACUCGCUGCGAACGAGUAGUAAAUACUCGCUUUAGUCAGACAACGAAUAUCGAGAAUAUAAAAAAUAUUCUGCAGUUGUAGUUCUUUUUUUUUAAGGAUUGAGAUUGAUACGUAAUCCUGAUGUGAGAAUCUAAUCGUGUCUCUCGCUGUGUCUGUAGCUUUAGUCUCAAAUAAAGAAACCGACAGAAAAAGUAUAACAAAUUUUAUAAAAAAACAAAUUAGAUAUAAUGAAAUAAUGCACGCAAUUUAAGGACGAUCGACGGAAUCAGAUAACGUUUAUGGCACUAAUGUUCCAAGAAUAAGAAUCCCAAUGGUAUUAUGGGCAAGAUAAUCGCUUAUUUCAAGGUUACUCGCAAGUGGAACAACCAUUAGGGACUUCGUCGUGGAUGUCCCUCAGAGAAGCGUCUCUCUAACAUCGAGAUCGAUUUUCCUGCUAUAAAAAACGUAAGAACAUACUACUUCCCGUUUCCCGUUUAAAUAAUAACGUUGACAUUGCCCUAAUUAAAUACCCAAAUGGAUGAGACUACCCAGUGGAAGAAAAUUUUGCGUGACGAGAAAAGUGUCGAUUGUAAAAAUUUGUUAGUGCGUCAAUCUGUUAACAAUACAACAGUUUUUUAAUUUUAAAUCAUCACCAGCGAGGCCACGGUGUGAAGAAACGACAGGAACAAAUUUUAACGUCACUUCCGACCGGUAAUGGUGGCCCAGAAAUCCGGAUCAAUAGCGCAAUUUUUAAAUGGUCGUUUAAAACUGAACGCCCAUUCAACAGUUCGCGGUAAUGGGAUUACCAAUAUUUAAUUCUACCCUGUCCUACGUAGAGCACUCGCUCGCAACUACGACUAAUGAAGUUAACACGUGGUAAUUGCCCUAAGUGCAUCGGACAGAUCGGACACGUCUAACGAAAGAACGGCAAGGGGAGAGAGUCCGUGGCGCGUAAACACGGGAAGGAGACCUCUUCGCUAUUACGCUCUUCACUGUUGCUCUACGCUCUUCACGAUCUAUUGACGAAUGGCCGAUCACGCUAGCUUAAAUUCCGAUCCAAAAAAUGGAGCAACCCUCCCGCGAUUCAGCGGAACGGUGAAUCACGUGCCUCAAUGACUCACUCGCGUGACACACUUGGAACUUACUACGAAUCUUCAGUACACUUCUGUUGAAUUAUUAACGUUAAUCGAAAGUAAUUAACUUCCAAGAAGAAGGAAGGGAAGAAGGAGAGAGGAAGUAAUUAUGAAUUAUUCAUAGGCUUUAAAGAGUAAGCCGAUUGGUGAUCUUUGAAUGCUCUCCUCACUCGCCGAUUUUCAUCGCUGGAGAAAAUAAGAGAUUCAAAGCCUAAGAAUCAUCUCUCGCGUCUUUCAACGAAAUGGUAUGACGUAUCGUCGCGCGUGUUCGUGCCCAUAAGAGAAUGGUAGCUAUAGCGAAAUCAUCUAAUCGAUGGAAGUCGUGACACACACACCCGCACGUACACACGCACGCACUUGUCGACCGACUUUACGAACUUCUACUUUUCAAACGGAAAUAGUAUGCGAACGAAGAUUCGCAACGAAAUAUUUCGCCCGCGCACGUGUGCGGAUAGUAUUGCGAAAGUGAAAAUGGAGCUGUUGCGAGCGAUCGAUUCUUAGCGCGGAGCGAGUACGAUUCGUUGAUUUCUUGGAUUUAAUGUUUUUUUCUCUCUCUGUCUCUCCUUUUCGUGCGAAAUGGCGAUUAAACUUUUUACGGGGCUGCUAUAGCCGUUCGCUUUACGACUAAUGAAAUUGUCGACAUAAAGUCGCUUGUUUUUUUACGUCACAUGUUCCGAGAGGAAAUAGAUGUAAUAUGCACAAGUUUAUGGAAACGAAGUAUCAAACUCGGACAGAAAUAAUUUUCAAACGGUAAGAGAAUAAAGGUCAAAACUCCAAACGAGAAAGAGUGAAAUAAUUUUUCAAUAAGUUCGUGCUGGAAUUACCAAUCCCCUGGAUCACGUUUGUUUACGAAUACAUACAUAAAUGCAUUUAUAAUCGGCGUGGAAUGAGAAUCUGUGAGAUUUAUAUAUAAACUGGAUUUAAACUGGAAAAAUAUUCAACGGAAGAUUUCGAAAACAUAUAUAGGCAUUACAUAUAGGAUAGUAAAACAUCACGCGAUGGGCCGAAAGCAGAAGCGCCGCCUGAUACCGGAGCAGGACCGUAGGAUUUGCGGUAGCAUAUGCUUCUUCCAGUUCACCUUCGUCAUCAGUUGCGUGGCCUUGGUUUAUCUCAGUGUAGCGAUCUACGCGCCGUCGUAUAGAGCUUUCCACAUUGGCAUCGAGCCGGAGCCGGUGAUGUGCCAAACCGUUAAUGCCUCGAUGGUGAAUAAUUGCGGCUGGACGAGUUGCGGCGAAUGGUGUCUAACGAAGACGAGCGGCUUUUGUCAACAGUUUCACGCGACCGUGAGACGUAAUGGUACCGACGUGAUUUUCGAAAAUUGCACCAAGUUCGAUACGAUCGCGUGUCCUCAGGUGAACAUGGCGAGCAUGAAACGGUACAAUUGCAACAACGGCAGCGAGUGCAGCAUGUUGACGGGGGUGUUCAACUGCAGCCUCGGACAUUGCUCGAACAUGAGCGAACUGAUGCUCUGUCAUCACAAGGCCGACGGCAUUAUCAUCGACAGCGACAAGGAUAACAUGAAACUGAAUGGCUUCUUCAGCUGUCAACACUCCAGAUGUACGAAAAUCAAGAACGUCUUCACCUGCGACCGAUACUGCCCGAGCAUUACCACCAGCGACGUUAACGUGUAUCUAAUGCAGGAUGACAGUGUCAUAUCAGCCAGGUGCUCCCGUGGGAUGGCUCUGAACAAGGCGAACGGUAGCCUACCUGGUAUCAGAUUGGACGAGCCCGUUAAAAUCUGGGACGAGCAGAACGGCAGUAUCGUCGCGAGCUGCUUCGCCGUAACGAAGGACGGCAACGUCAUUAGCACGGAGGACUGCGUGAACGGCACGUUGCUGAGCAAGAUUCCCGUUCCCGAACCGUCCAUUAACUUCACGAGCUUCCUGAAAAUUUACGAGAAGAGCCUGCGGCAGCCGUUGGACCCUACGAACGUCUAUCUCCCGGCGCAGCAAUCUUUAACGAUCUACAAUAGUUCGCGAUUGUACAUUAAUCUCGAGCGUUGCGUCAACACCUUGAGGGGGGAGUGCAGACAAUUUCAACUCACUCAUGGUCGCGACGGCGACAAUCAGACCGCGCAGAGUCGAUAUCCCUGCUAUUACAACAAGAACGACUCGUUCUUCGUGGUUGCACGCUUCGAUCUGAAGAAGACGCGAAUGGAGCUGUUGAUCGCCGUUAUCGUGCCGGCCGCGCUCUUCACCGUCAGCGUGAUCACCCUGAUUAUCAUUUCUCGAUCGGUGCGGGUGGGAGACGACGCGAAGAUGCGAUGCAGAUACUGCGUCGACAAGCAGGAGACGAUCGAGAGCGAGGACGUAGGGCUCGUGGAGGCGACGACGUCCUCCGCGACACAAAGUCAGGCCAACGAGAACGAGAUCAGAAGUAUGACCCUUUAGCAGUACAAGCCGCUUGGCAUGGGCACUGCUCUGGGUUACGAGAGGCUGCCGUUGAUCGACAUGGACGAGGCCGAGGAUUCCUUCUAGAAGAAAACGCGAUAAUCCUAUCCUUUUAAAGGACUCACGCGCCAAAUAGAUCCAACAAGAAAAAUCUUGAGAAAGACAAAACUCUAAUGAUGAAAUCCGAACAGAUGGCAAAGUGGUGAGCAAAGUUAAAAUUAUCUCGAAUGGACAUUAACGUCGUCUUCCGAAAUGAGGUGUAAUCAUUGCAAUUUCUCUACCGUUACAAUAAUCAUUGUAACGCGUAAUGACGUGGACGUUACGAUGACGCGACUGAACUCGUUAAUUGUGCCCGAAUUAAAAAAAAUUCAAGUGAUCUCUGCCAAUGAAACUCAUCGAAAGUAACCCAUUCGGGUGGUCCAAGUUUAGUAUUAUCGGUAUACUCUCAAAUUAUAUAUCGAUAUACAUUAUAUAUCGGAUACAUUUGUAUGCUCACUGUUGCCUUCGAUGUAUCGCUUUACUUUGUUUUACUUUGUUUUACGCGCAAGACAAACGAAUUGACAUUGGUAUCACACACAAUCGUCGAUACACUAGUAUUAAGAUUUUGCCUCCAGAUAUAAUAUUUAGGAAACCAUCAUUAAAGGGCAUGUGUAAUAUACACUAUUGUCUACCGCCGUGUUUUAACGAACGGUAACAAUGGUGGCGUUAAUUAAACAACCGUCUCCGCGCAACGUGUAUACGAAUAAAGCGGAGAAAGACGGAGUAGUUCAUUAAUCAACGAAGACAAAUACACGGAAUAUGAUGACGGGAACGAAUGGACAUACGCUGAGGUAUUCGCAUUACAGUACUUCGCGAAAUGACAUUUUUUUUUCCUAUGAGAUAAUCGCGAUCUCUGCGCAAAACACGAUACGUGGAUAAGCUUAUUUCAAUGUAUACAACGUAUAUAGGGGUAACACGGCGACUUUAUCGCUCAUUUAAUAUUCGGUUAACAACGAACAUGCAUUUAUAUUUUUUCUACAUUCACUUAUUAUGCUACACUCGUAGUCAACUCCGUACUACUGUGAUUAGAUAUAUCUCUAGCGCCGCUGGUGAAAACACUUAAUGCGAUUCCCUACUUCUGAUACGCGAGCCCGAGUACUACGACUGCCUACGCGUAAAUUAUAGCUGUACAGUAUAUAUUGUAAUACUUGCGAUGCAUACGAGUAUCAGUACUUGCGAUGUAAAUAUAUAAAUAUACAAUAUAUAUAUAACAUGCUUUCAACGAGACAUUUAUAUAUUCGUGGUGAUCGAACAUUGCCUCAACUUUCGUGCCAGUUUCGUGUCAGCGUGUUUCAAGUCAAUCAAAAAUAUGAUCCGUCGUAUAAUAGAUAUUCGAGAAACUCGAUAUAAUUAACAAAUGUGUGUUAAUUAGAAAUACGAAUUUUUAUAAUAAAGAAGUUGGAGUAACGCAAUGCCAUGAAAUUAGUCUUUUGCUUUUAGUUAGUGGAUUAAUUUCACAUUUUCAAUAGUUUUUACUCUUACUAAAAUAAAGUAAUUAAUAAUCUUUCUAAGAUAAUAAUUAGCACAAAAAUUGACACAAUUUGAUUCGAUGAUCUGAUUUAUUAUUCUUAAUAGUAUUGGUUUUUUUUAUUGGGAGAAAAAAUAUUUUUUGUGACUUUUAACUAAAUUUUUGGAAGAAUUGAUAGAAAUACACUCGCGUAUUCAGCAACGUACAGGCUUUAAUAGGUAAUAAGUUAAUAUCAUCUCACGCAAGUAAAUACACAUAUGUAUUACUCAAGAAGAGUAGCUAGAAAUAAUCGGGCAGCAAGAAAAAAAAAGAGACUUUUCUGAUGUCACUGUAUUCUAUGUGCCUUCUUCCGCUUUCGAUGGAGCCAAUAAAAUGUACCUAUUAAUAACUGCGAGUACUCUAACCCGAGACACGAGGCUCGAAAGAAAACGCUUUCGCUCUCGGAAAUGAAUACGUCGCAAUUAUUCUGUUAUUUCUGUUCUGUUAUAAAAAUAGAGCAGUGCCGGUUUGUAUUAUAAACGUUUAAUCUCGUGUGUACUUCUUUCUAUCUAAAAAUCAUUGUAGAUUAAUCGUGUAGUCAUGAAAUCUAUGUGAUCAACGAACGAUAUUUUUAUCCGUUAAAAAUGGACAAAGAAAUAUCGAUGAAUGAAUGAUGGAAUAUAAAUAAUUAGCAGAAGAAUUCUCUCAAAACGAUUUUUAAAGAACACCGAUUAUAAUAAAAUAAGGGAACAAUGCAAGGACGAGAUUUAGAUGUUGGUAAAUAAAUAUACAAUUAUGCAAAUGGCGAACAAUUGUAUAUAUGAUUAAUUAUCCAUCCGAUUAGAGAGAGAGUUAAUCUUUGUAUGUAUAAUUAUUGCUGAUAGUCUAGUAUAUGUGUAUACAUAAAUGGUACAAUUUUGUGGUAUGCCUUUAUGAUGUGUAUGUGAAUGUGUCGAGUGUAAAAUAUCGUUUCAUUUUUUUUUUAAAUAAAGUUUCUUC